GAUGAGGUGCAAUAACAGUUCAACCAACAGAGGAAUUAUGACUCGCUCAAAGCGCGUUGUCUUUGGGGCAUCGACAACGCCCUCUUCCAGGUCGCGAAAGAGGUCGACCCUGCCGGUUCGGUUCCGUCGCGUGUUGUUGGCGUUUCUUGCUGGAUGCGGCCCCAUUCCCCCUCGGAACCAGAGAGCUGGACCAGCUGGCUGCAAGGGUGGGUGCUGUCGUACCGCCAACUGUUGAACAACCUGUUUCACUGGGGUCGCGGUGGGCUCAUCUCGCGCCGCUACUGGAUCUGGAAGGAGCGGCAGAAUGAGGCCCAGACCGCCAUCUGGGACGACCCGCGGGGGUAUUACUUCUGCAACAUCGUGGCUAUCAGCCCCGACCAGCAGGGGAAGGGGAUUGGACGGUUGUUGUUCAAGGCGGUGGCCGAUAUCGCUGACCAAGAGGGCGCCAAGUGCUAUCUGGAGAGCUCGAGGAAUGAGCCUAAUGUGCAGAUCUAUGAGAAGAUGGGGUUCGAGCUGAGACGGGAGAUGGAGUGUCGAGAUGGCGACGAUGUUUGCAUGCUUUAUUGCAUGGUUCGAGAUCCCAAGACCUAGAUUAGAGCCAGGAUGCUUGUUCACUACAGGAGGUUGCAUUUGAAGGUGAAUCGCGGCAUAACUAGGGCGCGAGGUUGUCAGCACUUAUCGGACUCCUGACAUAUGGACACAGUGCUUGUUGCAA